UCGGAGCAUGACGAGUGCUUCGAGUUUCUUGGAAAGCACAUAUUAAUGUACUAAGGGGUUAUAGUAUUAUCAUUCUGAUUCCAUAUUUAUCUCUUAGGCGUCUGUGGUCUGCUGCAGCUGGGAGGGGUACAGUUGUAAAAGCAGGCGGUUGCACAGAGGUGUGUCAGGAGCGCUGGGUGGUUAUUAGUUGCGGUUGUAGUGGAGGCGGAACCUUAGUCCGCGCAUCCGCAGUUGCACCUGAGCGCGGAGCAGAUCCGGUGCUGCACCAGUUCCGGCAAGACGGUGUUUACAGACAAUAAGAGGUCACGAUGACCCGUCACGGGAAGAACUGCACAGCAGGAGCUGUGUACACCUACCAUGAGAAGAAGAAAGACACAGCCGCCUCUGGCUACGGCACUCAGAGCGUUCGCCUGGGCAAAGAUGCUAUAAAAGAUUUUGACUGCUGCUGCCUGUCGCUCCAGCCUUGUCGGGAUCCUGUGGUCACGCCAGAUGGGUAUCUGUACGAGAGGGAGGCCAUACUGGAGUAUAUCCUGCACCAGAAGACUGAGAUCGCCAAGAAGAUGAAGGCUUAUGAGAAACAGAAACGUGCUCAGGCCAGUGAGGAGAAACUUCUUUCUCGGGCUUCUGAAGACUCCAAAGUCAAGUCCUUCCUUCAGAAAGAGGGCAGCAUUGUUAGCAAACCUCUGAACCCCUUCAGCUCUGGUCAGAGUGCAGGCGAGUCCAGUUCCAGUAACAGGGCCAGUAACUCAGCAACAAGUUCCUCUGCUCUGCCCAGUUUCUGGAUUCCCUGUCUCACCCCUGAAGCCAAACCCACCACUCUGAAAAAACCAGUGAAAACCGUGCUGUGUCCGAUGUCCGGCCGCCCCCUGAAGCUCAGCGACCUGGUGUCGGUCCGGUUCACUCCUCUGGACCCGGCCCUAGACCGUGUGGCCCUGCUGACCCGGCAGGAUCGCUACGUGUGCGCUGUGACCCAUGAUACGCUGGGCAACUCUGUGCCGUGCGCUGUGCUGCGCCCUUCGGGCGCUGUGGUGACAGUGGAGUGUGUGGAAAAACUGAUUCGGAAGGACAUGACUGACCCAGUGAGUGGAGCUAAGCUGACAGAAAAAGACAUCAUUGUGCUGCAGAGGGGCGGGACGGGGUUUUCUGCCUCGGGGGUCGCCCUGCAGGCAAAGGAGUCUCGGCCGGUCAUGCAGGUGUGAGCUCCCGGCUCUGGCCAGCAGGGGGAGCUGUUCCCCGGAGGGAGAGGCCGUGGGAUCUCGCCUGCCCCUGAGUCCGGGAGACUUUCAGCUCUUCAGCUCUCGUACAGUGCAACAAUGUUUUGUUCAGUUAGCGACAUACAGCUUCCCUGCUCUUUGUAAAAACUGCUAUAGCUCUAACCCAGAACACCAACGUGGACUCUUGAGUGAUUGUUAGUUUAAAAAUGCCUCCCUCCUCUCUCCAGAACUAAAGGGUUAGUAAUGAUGAGACAGGAGGGGGCCCGUGUGUUGUCUGAGCGGGCCCUCGCUGUCCCAGCCUGCCCAUCUCAUUCCAGUUGUCCUGCUCCUCGUGGGCCCAGCACAGAGAUGACUGCAGGUCUCUCCCGCUGGCUUCCCAGACAGCAGUGUGUUGUGUUUUGGUCUCAGUGAUGUGAAACCAGGCUGCGCUGAAGGUCAGCAGAUCAGAGCUACAGUGUGACUCCGCUGUGGAGUCCGAGACACCCUGGAGAUUGUACAAACCCAGGGGCUCUGGGGGUCUUCAGUCAGGGGUUAAAGGUCAGUGUGAGGACAGUAACUGGCUCAGUUCAGUCCCUGAGACCCCAGUCCUUCAGGGGCUCUGGGGGUCUUCAGUCAGGGGUUAAAGGUCAGUGUGAGGACAGUAACUGGCUCAGUUCAGUCCCUGAGAGCCCCAGUCCGUUGUAAACAGACAAAAGUUAGGGUUUCGAGGGUCAAUAAUCCACUUCCUCUCCCUGAAAUGAAAUCUCAUCUCUCCUCUUUCUCUCUCUCACCAAGGUGGGUCUGGAUGUGAGAAGCUUUGUUGACAAAAUUGUAUUUUUGAGCUUCUUUGUGUUCAAAGUGGGGAAAAAUAAACAGUUUUAAGUAACA